GCCCCCCGCCCCCCGGCGCUCGCAGGGCUGCGCGGCGCUGCCGGUUCGGCGGGUCCGGCCCCGGGCGCUGCACCGCGAUCCUCCCGCAGCGCUCCGCUCCGAACCGCCCCGAACCGCGCCGGGAUUUAUUCUUCUCCUUUUGGGAUUUAUAUUUUUUUAAUUAUUCUCCGCUGGGGAACGCGGCCCCCGGAGGGUUCCCCCCCCCCCCCCCCGCAUACACACACACACACCCGCACCGCUCGGUUGGCUGCUCCCCGCGUCCGCCGCUCUUUGUCCCGCACCGACCGACCGAUCGCUCCUCUCUCAGGCCGCAUGGAGCCGCAGCCCGGCGCUCGGAGCUGCAGCCGCGGGGCCGCCCCCUGCGAUCCUCUCCCCGCGGAGCGCCCCGUCCACCUCUGCAUCCACACCACCACCGGGGCGCGGUACGAAGUGGCCGUUCCUCCGGACGAGACGGUGGAGGGGCUGAAACGGCGGCUGUCGCAGCGCCUUAAGGUGCCCAAGGAGCGCCUGGCGCUGCUGCACAAAGACAGCCGCCUCAGCUCCGGGAAGCUGCAGGACCUGGGGGUGGUGGAAGGCAGCAAACUGACGCUGGUGCCCACUGUAGAGGCCGGCCUGAUGUCCCAGGCAUCCAGGCCGGAGCAAUCGGUGAUGCAAGCGUUGGAAAGCUUAACUGAAACUCAGGUGAGCAGCUGCGAGACAAAGAGCUCCACGGGAAGGGGCUGCUGCGAGUUGGCACACAGCAUGCCCUGGGCCAGCAAAACUGUUGGUCUCGGUGAAGAAGGGCAAGGAGGCAAAGAACAGGAAAACCUGCCCUCCUGCAGCAGGGAGCGGUUUCCUCUCGGGAAGGAUGCUCCCCCCGAGCCCCCCGCCCGCAGUCGGCCGGGUUCUCCUCGCACACCUGCGUGCGCGCACCACGUCCUCAGCACGGCCCCCCGCGCACCGCCGUCCCCGUGA